AUGGCGGGCCCUGAUAUUGCCCGCGUGGAGGCUUCGCAGUGGACCCUUGUGGCUCUCUCCGGCCUUGUGCUCUUGUUUCGAUUUUUCCUCCGCGCCACGAGGACCAAGAAGACGCUCUCAGAUGACUACGUUUUAGCAGUUGCUUGGGUCGGUAAACUCAAUGCCAUCGCCGGCAACUUGGCCAUCGCCGGCUCCAUGCUCAGUAAAACCUCGUUUGCCCUAACGCUGCUGCGCGUCGUCAUGGGGCGCAUCCGCUAUCUUCUCUGGGCCAUCAUCGUCUCCAUGAACCUCGCCCUGUUCAUGUCCAUCCUGUUCCUCUUGGUCGCGUGCAAGCCCAUCGAAAAGAGCUGGAACGCGGCUCUUCCGGGAACUUGCUGGCCCCAGUACGUCCAGAUACGAGCAGGGCUAUUCUCCUCUGCCUACUGCGCAGCCAUGGAUUUCGUCCUCGCAGGGCUUGCUUGGUGGAUUAUCUGGGGCGUACAGAUGAAGACGCGGGAAAAGAUCGGUGUAGCCUUGGGCAUGAGUAUGGGAGUAUUUGCCGGGAUUACUGCCGCUAUCAAGUGCGUGUACCUCGCAAAGCUCGACUUCUUGAAUCUAUACAUCUGGGAAGCGGCGGAGACAUCCGUCACCAUCAUGGCCGCCUCUGUCCCGAUGCUGCGCGUCUUCGUGGUCGACAAGGCGCGCAAGUACAGCGCCGGGCGCUCAGGCCAAAUCAGCCUCAACGGCCCCAACAACAGCGCCCAGUCGAGACACCGAAAAUUCGGGCGCCUCGAUGCGGAAAGGGGAGGCAGCGGCGGCGGGAUGGGCGUGUACAGCGGUGCGACGUACGAUCCGAGCAGCAAGGACGAAUACCGGGGUAAGGGUGUCGGGGUCUACACGACGGUAACCUACGAGACCUCGGCAAAGCAUCCGGAUGGUCAUGGUAGGAACAGUCGGUCCAACUCUGACGAAGCGAUUCUGCAUAUCGAAAUGGAUAGCGUGAAGAGACCCUAA